CAGCCUAGCAACUUAACAAAGGGGACAAAUGCAUAAACUACAUAUUAAACAUAUGGCAUAAUCAGUUUUUGCAUGACGAAACGUUUCACCUUAUACGAGCACCGUUUACAAGGCGCAGAUAAUGAGAGGUCUGUCACCCCGGAGCGGAUCAUCCGGACAGCUGCAUCUGGAGCAAAGGAGUGCUGUGCUGUGCUGUUUGAGGGAUUCUACAGGGCAAAAAAGCAAACAAACAUUGGGGCAAUGAGUCGCAUCCUUCAUCCACAGGUGUUGACCGUCUGGAUUACGCUAAUCUCCAGGGCAACGGCUGACCUGAUUUGUGACACUCUGCUCCUACUCUCCACAAAUCUUACAGCACGCACUUUGAUCCUGUGGAAUCAGACGUCCAGUCCGACCACCUCAUCAGGUCUGUUCUGUAACACUUCAAUAGAUGGCAUCGGAACGUGCUGGCCCAGGAGUAGUGCUGGAGAAGUGGUGUCUCGUCCCUGUCCGGAGACCUUCCUAGGGGUCCGAUACAACACCACCAAUAAUGUAUACAGAGAAUGUCUUACCAAUGGAACCUGGGCGAAGAAGGGCAACUACUCCCAGUGUCAAGAAAUCCUGAAUGAGGAGAAAAAGGGCAAGCUGCAUUACCACAUUGCAGUCAUCAUAAACUACUUGGGACACUGUAUUUCUCUGGGAGCCCUGCUGGUCGCCUUCAUCCUCUUUAUGAGACUCAGAAGUAUCCGGUGUCUGAGAAAUAUCAUCCACUGGAACCUGAUUACAGCGUUUAUCCUGCGGAAUGCCACCUGGUUCGUAGUGCAGCUCACCAUGAAUCCAGAGGUGCAUGAGAGCAACGUGUUUUUGAGAGUGGAGGAAAAUGUGUCACCCCCUUUUACGGAGAAACCACAGAUCUGGUGCAGGCUGGUCACAGCAGCAUAUAAUUAUUUCCAUGUAACAAACUUCUUCUGGAUGUUUGGAGAGGGCUGCUAUCUGCACACAGCCAUAGUGCUGACCUACUCCACCGAUAAACUGAGAAAGUGGAUGUUCAUCUGCAUAGGCUGGUGUAUUCCAUUCCCCAUUAUUGUUGCAUGGGCCAUUGGCAAACUAUACUACGACAAUGAAAAGUGCUGGUUUGGGAAGCGGGCCGGCAUUUACACUGAUUAUAUUUACCAGGGUCCCAUGAUCCUGGUGCUACUGAUUAACUUCAUUUUUCUCUUCAACAUUGUGAGGAUCCUAAUGACUAAACUGAGAGCCUCCACCACUUCAGAAACUAUUCAGUACAGGAAAGCAGUGAAGGCCACACUAGUUCUUCUGCCUCUCUUGGGCAUCACCUACAUGCUCUUCUUCGUCAACCCUGGCGAGGAUGAGAUCUCACAGAUCGUCUUCAUCUACUUCAACUCUUUCCUAGAGUCUUUUCAGGGUUUCUUUGUGUCAGUGUUCUACUGCUUUUUGAACAGUGAGGUUCGCUCAGCCGUUCGUAAACGGUGGCAUCGCUGGCAGGAUAAGCACUCCAUUCGAGCACGAGUGGCACGGGCCAUGUCUAUUCCCACAUCUCCAACGCGGGUUAGUUUCCACAGCAUCAAGCAGUCGUCUGCCGUCUGACAUCAACAGAAGUGAUGUGUCCAUCCCCGUUUCUUCUGCUUUCCCUCUAACAAUCCUCGGCUAACCCUCUAUUCUACAAAAACCCAGGGAUAACAGGGACAGCUAUGGGCCAAACAGGGUAUUAUCAUCGGUUGAGACACAGAUGGGUGGAGAUGUACACAGACAAUGAGGUCCACCUGCUGGUUUCGCUGGAAGAGACUGCAGACACAGAUAAGAGCAUCAGUGGUCUUGGACAGCGACAGGAAAGGAAAGAUGAAGCUGGCACCAAAAAAGAUCUAUAAGCAGGCAGGGUGUAUUGUUUAAAUUUUUAAAGCUAUUUUUCAGUUCCUCUCCUCCUGGUCAGCUCUUCUAUCUCUUGUCUUCUCUGGUUGAAGACAUCAAUGUUAUUCCUAACUUGAUUCCAGAACUAUCAGAUUAGGAUAAUAUGGAAUAUUAUGGAAUACUAUGGAAUAUAUUAUAUUUAGUUUUUAGGAAUUUUACAAGAAAUUGAGAUAAAGAGGAAAACAUUUUGGUUUCCAAUUAGAGCAAUUGGAAACCUGACAAACUAUUUUCCAGUAAACUGCACACCCUAUAUCUCAGUUAUUGGGAAACUUUCCCUGUGAACACUGAUUGUUUUUGAUUCCUUUGACUGGAUACUAAAAUAUUAUAUUCUCCAGGUUGUUCCAAUUGUGCCCCUUAAAUAUUAUUUUCUUACAUGUCACUUGCUGAUUUACAGUGUCCAAGUAAUUGCAACUAGUAAUAGAUUCCCCAGAUUCUUACAAUUUCAGUCUAUUGCUGCGUAUAUCAUGCAAAGCUAGUAGGAAAAAACUGUAAACCUGCUCACAUCAUGUAAACAUUCAACAUCUUACUAUUUUAUUUUAAAAAAGAUGAAAGGUGUGUGUUAAUGCUCUCCCAGGACUCCCAAACCUCAAGGAUUUAUUAACAGUCCUUGGCUAAAGAAGAAGGAGGCUCACAGGAAGGGAAGAAUAUCAUGAAGACUGGUAAUGUAGAAGAUCCCUGGGCACAUAAAAGGGUUUUUAUGACAUAACAAAGAUUUUGUUUUUAUCCUGCAUUAGGAGCCUCAGCCAAGUGGGCAAUUGAAUGUAUUCAAUUAUCCACUCUAGUUCCCCAUUAUAUGCAGUUUUAUUCUAUAAAUUCCCAGAUUACCAAGCAGGCUAACAAAAUAGAAAAAAUAAUAGAAGCUGGAGCCAAAGGGACUCCUGGUCUCAUAAAAUCAUGUUACACUACAUACAAUUUUGCUAAAUGAAUUAUACAUAGCUCAUUUUAUGUAUCAUGGCAGAAUGGUGUUAUAGAGCAUUAAUGGAGCAUUAAUAGAGCAUUAAUCUUAAAAACUUCAACUGUCUUUUAGCACCACACAGUGCAAAUCAAAAGAUGUAGUCAAUAUUUCAAUAACGUGUAGGUUCUAUGUUUCAAGCUUAUCAUAAAUGCUCUUUUUAUUCUCUCUUUAUCAUAUGACAGUUCAGUCGCAAUUGGAUUUUUAUUACCCAAUUGUAAAGCCCUGCCCAUUAAUUUAAAAAAUGGGAACAGGGGCUCUCUAGCUUCAUAGGGAAGGAAAAAGCACCAUAAAAAUAUGGUAAAAGAAGUCAAUACGAUUUUUAUUCCAGUAUUCUGAAACUUUACGAGAGCUUUCAAAACACAGGCAUGCUGACCAUACACGCUUGAUUAAAUUGUCUCAAUGGGAGCAAAAAAAUUAUACGUUUCAUACAAGCCCACUCAUAUCUUAUGAUUUUUCCAAAUGGUUAACUCGUACAUAUUAUUACAAGUACGACAUGUGUUGCAAAUCAGUUUUGAAGACAUGAUGUUGUUUGUGGACCAUAUCUAUUCAUGCUUCUCUAGACAACUGUUUGUGAGGUAGGAUAUCUCGAAAUUUGCUAAAGAUGAGUAUUUCUGUUUUGUGUAGAUCUAGGACCAGUUUCUCCAAUUUAAAUCCCACCCUUAACAAAUAAGAAUCAGAUCUCAUGUCAGCCCAGAAGGACCACCUCAACAAAACCUGUUUAUGUAGCACCACUCACUUUACUUUUAAUAGAAAAGUCCUAAGAAAACCCCUGCUUCAAUAUGAUUAUAGAGUCAACACAUCUUCAAGCCUCAUGUAGAGUAUUUUAACAUCCAUCUAUGUGUUGAGAUUCUUGCUAAGCCUGAGCCACAAAUAACCGUGUCCUGUGACCACUCACUGCUGACUCAGCACUGUAAAGCAGAUAGGGCUUUUGUGCAAUAUACAGUUCAUCCAAUCAGUCAUAUCUGAUAGGGAUGGAAAGAGAGCAAGUUUGUUUUAAAAAAAAACUUCAUCUAUAAUUUUGUGCUCUUCUGACCUCAACGCACUUGUGCUUGAAUAAUUUGUAAACGCCUUUGCAGAAACAGCUUCAACAUUCUGCCAUUCAAACAUUCAGCCAUGCUUGUUGUGUAAACAUCAUUAUACACACCAUAUAUAUGGGUUAGCCAUUAUAUAUAUACAAGGUGACUAGCGUUGUGGAGUUUGCUUAUUAUCAUAUAGAAGUGUAUUCUGUAUACCUGAAAAACCAAGGACCAAGUUACUGCUAGUUAAUAGCAAGACAAGGUUCAUUUUAGUGUUAUUAAUAAGUUCAGGACUAAAGGAGGAUUCACAAUGAACGCGUUUACAUGAACUGUUUAUAUCUGGCUCCGCAUCACUAUCUGCAUUCCCAUUGGUAGUCGCCGCAUCAUGUCAGCUCUCAUUUGCAUUAAGUUGCUGUCAAUAGUAAUACCAGAAAUGACCAAUUCUUCUGGUUUCUUUGUGGCUACAAAUUGCUGUCAGUGUGAACACCCUUUAACACUGUGUCCUAACCAGUUGCGAUGCAAUUGUUUCCAGCAACAAGCGUUUUGUCUGUCCGCACUGAACGUAAAACUGCUGCACGACGUGACAUAAUCACAGCUAAUCACAUAAUAUUUAAUGUUUAAUGUACAGAUAUGAGAAGCAGAAUUUUGGACCAAUGAGUUUCAGCAAUGGGUGGAGUUACCCAGCAUGAUGCAGCAAAAAUAAAAACCAAGUGAUCAACAAAAUAUCCUGUUGCUAUGUUUUUGGGCAAGUACAAUGGCUGAAUAUGACUUUAUAAACACUUUUUUUUGUUCCCGAAGGACCGUUCGACGCUCAUAAGAGUGUUGGGAGAGGUUACGUGAUGGCCUGGUGUGCUGGCUACGAGGCACACAGCGGUCUGCCCGUCUCGCACCGCCAGUCCACGUAACACAGUUCAGCUAGUUGUGGCGUUUUGUAUAGGGACCCCUAGUGUCACUACAUCGACACAACGUCGAGUGAGUGACAGAUAGGGAAUGUCCUGGAUACUUUCGUAACCUCCGUUCCCUGAUGGAGAGAACGAGACGUUGUGUCCCUCUUGCCACAACACUGAACUACCCACUGAAAUGCCCGGGACCUUGUCUCGGCUCCUCAGCACAAAACCUGAAUGAGUGGUUGCAUACCAGCUCCUUUUAUACCCGUAUGUCCGGGGGAGUGGCAUGCAAAUUCCACUCGCCAAUUCCCAUUGGCCUUUUUUCAAAAAGCAGAGGUGUUUGGAGCUCCCAAGAGUGACCCCUAGUGUCACUACAUCAACACAACGUCUCGUUCCCUCCAUCAGGGAACGGAGGUUACGAAAGUAACCAGGACGUUUUGUUCACCUCUCAUUUAUCUUUUAGGACUCUUUUAGUUAUGUUUAGUUUAAAGUUUUACAUUAGGGAAGUGUGUUUUAUGCAUUAAAACCUAAAUCUAAAAUUCACUUUAAAAACCUGAUUUCAACAUUAUUUACCCGCUUUUGGCACCCCCCGCUGGAUAUUUCACAGGAAAACUGCAGCCAAACGUAUAAUGCAAGCAAAAAUGUUGCCAUGGUCAUGUAAAUUUUAAUGAGAUCAGGCUGAUUUUGCCAUUGGUGUUGCAGAAAUUACACACUUCAGCUUUAAACCUUAAUGUGUAAGAUUAAAUUGAUUGAUGAUUUGAGAUUUUGUGGCCUGUGUGUAGUUUCCCCUGUUCCUGAAUCAUUAGAUUAAUUUUUCCCUUUGGCUUUUGUUUGGAAUGUGGAUCAUGUGACAGUAGCCUUGAACAGUUAUCAUACCCUCAAACAUAUGCUGUAUUCCAAAGCAAGGCAUACAUGAUGUGCACCUCAAACUUUCUUUAAAAGAAGACGCAGAUUAUACUGGCUACAAGAAAGAAAAAGAGCUAAAGAGACAGCCUUUCAUUAUUACUUUAAUCUUAGCAAAUAACUCAGAUUUAUUCUAAUGCUCAAAUAUAAAGAUGUUCAGACUCACCAUUCUUGGUAAGGUCAAAGUCUGUAUUAGAUUUGUUGGCCACCAUCCUGCAGAUGGAAUUGUGAGUUUUCAGUAUACAUUUGAGAAUUUCUAUUCAUUCUAUUUCUGUGUUGCUGAGAUAACAUUGGGAUUAAAGGAAUAGUUUGUCCAAAAAAUAAAAGAUCUGUCAUUAUGUACUUGCCCUCAUGUUGCUCCAAACCCAUCUGACUUUCUUUUUUUUCAGUAGAACAGAAAAGGGGGAUUUUUGAAGAAUAUUCAGGCCACUCUUUUCAAUAUAAAGAAAGUGAAUGAAGAGUGGGGCUGUCAAACUCCAAAAUGAUAAAAAAAAAAAAGCACCAUAAAAGUAUCCUAAAAGUGGUCAAUAUAACUUUCCAAGUCUUCUAAAAUCAUAUGAUAGCUUUGUGUGAGGAACAGACUGAAAUUUGAAGUUAUGAGAGUGAGUAAAUGAUUACAAAAUGUUAUCAUUUUGAGCGAACUACCCCUUUAUCUCCUCAUUCCUCAGUUGAUUUCCUAUCUCUGUGAAAACCAACGCUGAUGUCUGUGUUUGUUUCUAUUUCUUUAAUUUAAUUUGCUCUUGUGAAGAAGUACUUCCAAAGUUGUGAACUGUACAGAGGGUUGGAACAAGUACAAGCGAUGUAGCUGUAUUCGUUACAAAUAUGUCAAUAAGUGAUAUUUUUCGGGUAUUUCUAUUGUGUUCAGUCACUGAUGUGAAAGUGUACAAAGAAAAAUCUAUUUAUUUAUAAAUAUGGCACAGAAAAAAAUACAUUUAUCUCACUAUUUAAAUAGAGGUCAGAGAACACAAGCCCACACGAGACUCAUAUCAAUAUAUCCAUAACAUUAAUGUCCAGAAUGUGUGAAUACAAAGAAAUCUUGUAUUUUGCUUUCUGUGGUUCUGUGAGACAAUCUUGUCAUAAUUUCUGUAAUUUUCUGCAGUGCUACAAGAACAUUCUAUUGUUUCUCUGUUUGUUUUAUGAUCGAGUUUGAUGUUCGAGGGGAUUAAGGAACUGUACAGAAAUUUAUAUUAAAUAAACUACACAAAGAGUAAAGUCAUAUGUUGAAGGCAUAUAAUGUAGUACUGUGCUGAUGUAUCAUUGCUGGAAAAGACAGGCUAAUGAAGACGAUUAUGAAGUUGGAACCCAGGUGCAGUUUAUUUACAUAAGUGAAAUCCAACAACCAUAAAUCCAAAUGUGAAACAAAACAUAAACUUGACUUGACUUGACUUGACUUGACUUGACUUGACUUGACUUGAACAAUCCAAUAAUGUUACACAUACAAUACCUGACAAUGGACAAUGGCAAACAUGAGGCUUAAAUAUAUGGACAAGGGAGAAACAUGACAAUGAUAACCAAUGACAAGACAGAAGGUAACAAGGUAACAAGACAAUAAACCAAUGAAAGCAUGACACAUGAACAUGGAGGGAAACAUGAAAUCACAUGACCAGGGGACCACAUGACAUGAAACAGGGAAUCACAUGACCUGGCAGGGAAACAGGAAAUAACAUGACAUGGAACACAUGACUAUAAAACAGGAACUACACUUCCAAAAUAAAAGACAUUAACACAAAACAUGAACAAAAACACAUAAAACCAUGACAGCUGAACAAGAUGUGAAUUAUUACACUGUGUACAUUUUUUUUUUUUUUUUUUCUGGGUAGUAAGUGUUAUUUCCUAAUUGCUUAUGCCUCAAAAGUAUAGAAAAUGGCUAAUAUUCCCAACAAACUCUGCUUUUGUGACCAGGACAGUGAUAUUUUGAAAUGUUCCUAUUUUAUAAUACAGAAAUUGUGUUACAUAUUGUUAUUAUUAUUAUUAUUAUUAUUAUUAUUUUCAAAAUCUUCUUCUGUUGAUGUGUUGUGAACAUUCACAGCUCUAUAUAAUCAUGUUGUUCUACACCCAUAUUACUUUUUUUUUUCUUCUUCUUCUGUGAAACACAAAAAGAGCUAGGUAGAAUGUUAGCCUCAGUCACCAUAAUACUUAACUUCUUUUAUGUUCCAUGGAAGAUAGAACUCAAACAGGUUUUGAACAACAUGAUGGUGAGUAAAUGAUGACAGAAUUUUAAUUUUUCUGUAAAACUUUUGACUGUUCCUUUAAAAUAUGCCAUACUGGUUUUAAAACAGUGGUUCCCAAGUAAUUUUAAGAGCAUUUUAGUUCACUUUUCUACCAUAAACAAUUGUUUGUGUUGGAUUGCCAUUUGAUGUCCAAUGUAAAAUCUGGGUAGUAAAGCAAAACUCGUUGAAAACCAUUGUUGUAGUAACAUAAUGCCAUUUCUCAGAUAUCAAGUUCCUUGACAAGGGAAUGCCAUUGAGUUUGAUCCUUUAAAUAUGUCAUUACAUCAUGUUUUUGUUGUUCUAAACACAUCUACACAAAAGUACAAAUUCCUUUUUUAUAUUAAAGUGACAUAUGAGCUAUUUGUAAUUCAAUUCUGAUAUACAGUACUGUAUUUAUUCUUCAGGACAUAAGUCCUUUAUAGCUGCAAAAUAGUGAGGAAUCUGACCUUGACAGAACAAUGUGAGAAAGAUGAUCUAUCAAAUAAGAGAAAAGGUAUCUGUUUCCUUUUUCAGAUAAAACAAAAACUAUUUUCGUUUAGUAUGGUUUAUUUGUUGUGAAAAUCUGAAAACAGCAUUUCUCUACACAAAGUGGUUACGAAAUUCCCUAGUUGUUUUUCAUUGUAAUGAAAAGCUCUCUAUUAAAUUGACACC